AAACGGAGAGGAAGAGAGGGACUCAAACGUCACCACUGUCACCAUUGUGACAAAUCCUUCACAAGAUCUGGAUAUUUAAAGAUUCAUCAGAGGCUUCACACUGGAGAGAAACCGUACAGAUGUGACCUGUGUGGAAAAACUUUCACUGCAUCAGGUGACCUAAAAAUACACCAACGUUUUCACACUGGAGAAAAACCAUACAGCUGUGAACAGUGUGGGAAAGCUUACACUACAGUAAGUGAACUAAAAAAGCACACACGUGUUCACACUGGAGAGAAACCGUACAGCUGUGACCAAUGUGGGAAAGCUUUCACUAGAUCAGAUGUUCUAAAAGUCCACCGACGUGUUCACACUGGAGAGAAACCGUACAGCUGUGACCAGUGUGGGAAAGCUUUCAUUACAUUAGGUCACCUAGUAGGACACAGACGUGUUCACACUGGACAGAAACCGUACAGCUGUUACCAAUGUACAAAAGCUUUCAGGACAUCAGGUGACCUAAAAAUACACCAACGUGUUCACACUGGAGAGAAACCGUAUGGCUGUGACCAAUGUGGGAAAGCUUUCACUAGAUCAGAUGUUCUUAAAGUUCACCAACGUGUUCACACUGGAGAGAAACAGUACAGCUGUGACCAGUGUGGGAAAACUUUCAUUACAUCAAGUGAACUAAAAGUCCACCAGCGUGUUCACACUGGAGAGAAACCGUACUGGUGUGACCAAUGUGGGAAAGCUUUCUCUAGAUCAGAAAUUCUAAAAGUCCACCAACGUGUUCACACUGGAGAGAAACCGUACAGCUGUGACCACUGUGGGAAAGCUUUCAUUACAUCAAGUCACUUAGUAGGACACAGACGUCUUCACACUGGAGAGAAACCAUACAGGUGUGACCAAUGUGGUAAAGCUUUCACUCUGUCAAGAGGCCUAAAUGAGCACCGUCAUGUUCACAAUGGAGAAAAACCGUACAGCUGUGACAAGUGUGGGAAAGCUUUUACUACAUCAGGUUACCUACUAAGACACAGACGUGUUCACACUGGACACAAACCGUACUGGUGUGACCAAUGUGGAAAAGCUUUUGCUCAUCUUAGUCACUUUAAAACCCAUUGACACAAUCACGCUGCUUCGUUUUGAACAUUAUUCCGAGCCAAGCUAGCUGCUUCCUGCUGCCUCCUCAUCAUGCCCUGAUGGCUGUGUUGUUCUAGUCUGAGCUUCUCUUCAAGCUGAGGGAUAGACAACAGUAACUUUAUACAGCAUGUAUGUUAUGACUGCAUCUACAGUCUGACCUGCCCUUCCUCUCCCCAAAAUCCUGUCGUUGGCACAAUUGGACCACUAGGGGUGGGAAGCACCACACAAUACAAUAUUAUCAUGAUACUUAAGUCACAAUAUGAUAUUGUUACGAUUUUAAACAUAUCAUAUUCUACAAUAUUGCAAUUUAUUACGUUUUUUCCAACUUUAAGUUGUCCCCAAAGAAACUUUCACAUCUGUUUGUUUCACAUCUUUUUUCUGAUAAUGUGAUUGUCAAGCCGACUAACAGACCAACACUUUCAUGAACCUGUCAUAAAUGUUGUAUGUACCUAGCAAACUGAACUGUAUUUAAUUAAGGUGGACUACACAGUAAAUUAACCAGGUGUACACUAGAGCUGCACAAUUAAUCUAAUCGCAAUUGUGAUGAUGUCAUGUGCAAUUACAUGACCGCAAAAAUGAUGCUGUGUGCGUGCACUGUAGUCUAAACAUUUUUGUCACCCACACCGGGCUUGCGCAUGUACCCCUAAAAACAGAUAAGCCUACAUGCAAUGAGAAAAAUGAUUUAUGAGCAGUGUGCGAGUAACAUUUUAGACAACAACCUACCGUAACCUCCCUCCACACCAACCUCUAAUCGUUCAAAACAUAGUUGGACUCGUCAUCUCUGAGACAAACGGACAUCGUCAGCGGCUGAAGCGGUAAGACAGAGGAAAACAGGGAGAAGAUAAGGAAGGUUUGAGUUUGGUUGCUUCCUAUUUAAUGUUAGCUGUAGUGGUUUAGUUGUUCAACAUGUUCAACUUUCCGCAGAGCCAAUGUGCUUGUCAGUCAUUUAUCGUCAACUGACCAAUCACAGCCUGUAUGGGGCAGGAUAUUAAAAGUUUGACCUGCUACAGCAAAUCAUUACAUUUAACAAUAUGAUUAUUGACAAGUUAGUUCUUAGAAUGAACACAUUAGAGACUAAUGUAGAGCCUUUUGCUAGCACAAGGAUUUAUUGAAUAAAAAGAGAAAUAAAAUAGCUGUAACUGAAUUUAAUAUUCAACUAGUUGUAAAAAAAGGUUUACUAUUAUAUGAAAUGAUGUAUUUGAUAUAUUAUUGUUGUGUACUAACUAUACUAUUAACUAAACAUUAUCCUCUGUAGAGCAACA